GAUUUACUGUUGUUGAUCUAUCAUUCUAUGUUAUAAAAUUAUUUGUCUUAUUGCCACCUUUAUUUUGAUUAUUUUUUAACCAUAAUUCCCAUUUUAGAUUUAAUCAAAUGCUAUGUUGCUUUAGGCUUUGUAACUUGAGAGAGAUUUAUUUUCUUCCAAAGCCACAUAUUACCUUAUGCUAGACUAGACUAUAAUAAAAUUGUGAACCUCAAAGUAAAUGUAGAUUGACAUAACACCUAAAAGUUGCAGAAAACGUUAGCGAAUGAGGCUGAAAAAAGUGUUGAUUGGAAAAUAAGUAAGAAAACUCAAAAUCUAUAUAAAAAAUGUAAAAAAAUCCACUAUGUAAGUUGGAACAACAGUAUAAGUGGAAGAGGAUGAGGUUGAAAAAAAAACAUUGGGGGAAAAUAGGUAAGAAAACCCAGAAUCUGUAACAAAAUUGUAAACCUUGCUUACCCCUCGAACUUGAAAUUGCUUGCAAAAUGGGAUUGGUGUUAUUUUAAGGAGCCUCUUUCUCAAUGGAAAUUGGCGGUCUCUAGAAUUCAUGGCUCUGAUACUUUUGAUGAGUAUACACUUGCCAAACAACACUCUAGUCUCCGCAGUCCAUGGAUUGGUAUUUCUUGAGCUUGGAAGCUCGUGGAACUGUAUGCUACCUUCUCUUUAAGCUCUGGUUCAAGAAUCAUUCUUAGGCAUCAUCAUUGGAUUGGUUCUGUGGUGUUGAAUGAUCAAUUUUCUUGGCUUUUCCCAUUCUCUUCUUUGCCAGAUGGGGCUGUGUGUGAUUUUUGGGACCAUUCUUGCUCAUGGUGGCACGUUGUCUCUAGGAGACUUGUUCAAUAAAAAGAAAUUUCAGAUUUUGAUGCUCUCCUUAAAGUAUUUUCAACAGUUUCUGUUGGCGGCUUGGCUGUAGAAUUUGGAUCUUGAAGUCCUCCAUCUCAUUCUCAGUCAAGUUCCUCUCUUGCAAAUUAAAUGCGUAAUCUCCUCUAUCAAAAGGCAUUUACUUUGCUUUAGGGCAGUCUGGUAGCCCCCCGAGAAUUUCUAUUUUUUCUUGGAUUUUAUUGCAUAGUAGCCUUAACACUGCAGAUGUUCUUUAGAGAAAAAUUAGCUGAUUUGUGCUUACAACCCUCAAUUUGUUUUCUUUGCCAUUUGAAUGUGAAAGGCUUCAGCCAUGUUCUUUUUGCAUGUCCAUUUCGCUCAAAGUGCUGGUUCAAACUUCUCAAUCUCUUUAGGUUAUUACUUAUUAGGUUAUUGUGGGUUUUUGAUUCAAGUGUUAAAAAUUAUGUUCCUCAGCAGCUUGAGGGUCCUUUCUUUCCUCUACUUUUUGGUUUGUGGUCAGAGAGAAACUCGCAAAUCUUUGACGAGAAAUUUAGUUCUAAUCCUUGUCUCAGUUUGUUUCAAUGCCUCACUUUUGUGUUCUCUUUCUACAUCCUUUGCCAGCUACUCUUCUCAAGAGGAUGCGUCAUCCCAUUCAUCAAGAUUCUGACGUAGACUCAGUUGUGAGUGCUAGUGAGGAAGGUUUCGAAAUUUGGACAGAGUGGAUGAGCUUGAAGAGACUGAGUUUGAAAAGGAUUUUGGAGCUGACCUCCACAAUUUAUUCCGAUCAGAAGAGCAACAUCUUUCUGGCAGUUUUGGUCCUUCCAACAUUACUCCUUUUAAUGAGGUUAAUAUUCCCCCUCAGCUGGUCCACAUUGUGGAAGCUUGCGGUCUGGUCUUUGGUUGAUUCUGUAAGACAUGUUUCCAAAUGUGGUCUUUGGUUGAAGCUUGCGGUCUGGUCUCUCUGGUCUUUGGUUGAUUGUGUCAUUUCACUCAACUGGAAUAUUAACAAGACUUGUUUUCGAAUCUGUGGGUUGAAAGACUUGUGUGAGUCUUCCUGGGCAAAGAAUUGCAUUGACAGGACAGAUUUGUAGCAGCGAGGCUGAAUGUUUCUUCUUGGUGUUCCCUCCAUUUCUAAUUUGAAGCCUUUAGUGUGCAAGCUUUCAGUCUCAUUUGGGCUCCUUUUUGAAAGUUCUCUCAAAUUUAUUUUGUAUUCGGCUUUCUUUUGUUGUUUGGUUCUAGGCAGUUUUGAUUUGCUCCUUGUCCAGAUCUUACCGUUCCCUCGGUUGUUUCUGUCUCUUUGUACUUCAACUUUUAACCCGAUUCUGUUGGGGGUGCUUUUGGAUAUCUCUCUAGUUGAGAUUCCUGGGUGCGCCCCUUGUUCCUUUCUAUGUAUUUCUUUUCAUUUUAUGAAUGAAAAGUUCUGUUUCGCUUUAAAAAAAACGAAA